UAACCUUAUUGGGAAGACAUCUCUCUGCGCUGAUGGAUUUUCCCCAAACACGAAACGCUGCUAUUUUUGGACUCCGUCGUGAGGCCUCUGCACAAGAAAGUCCGAAAAUCUCUCCAUUUCUCUCAAACAACCUCUCUCUCCUUGAUUGAAUCUCUUUCUCUCUUCUUGAUUGAAAGAGAAAAGUUGCAGAAGAUUCUCCAUUAACCGACACAAGCAAAAGAAAAUGCAACCUUCCAAGCCAAGAGCUUGGUCUUCUGAGAUUCCACAAAGGACAUCUCCUCCUCCUCCUAGUCUCAGGACCGUCCCAUAUGCGAACGGGACGGCGGCGGUUCAAUCAGAUCCUGAUCAAGGACCCACAAAGGCUCUUGCACGGAGUUCAUCGGCCAAGAUUGCUGCGAUGGCAGAGAGGCGGAUUGCCAGAGGAGUCGAAAUGCAAAACCAAUUGGCCCAGCUUCAGGAAGAUCUGAAGAAGGUGAAGGAACAAUUGGCCACAACAGAGGAGGAGAAAUCUAAAAUUCUCGACGAGCUUAGAGAGAUGAAGAAUCUGGCAGAAGAUGCGAAUUCGAAACUCACCAAGGCUCUGGUGGCUCAGAGGCAGGCACAGGAGGGCUGGGAUAUAGAGAAGGUCCGUUUCAAGGAAUUGGAGCAGGCGAGUGUUGAAUCGGCUCAAAAGAGAGACCAAGCAUGGCAGCUCGAGCUCGAAGCUUUGCAGAUUCAACAAAGUUUGGAUGUGGAGGCUCUUGCGUCAGCCACCCAAGAACUCAACCGGGUGAAUCGAGAACUUUCCUCGACUCUCGAAGAGAAAACAGAAGCUGUUAGAGAGGCCGAGGGUGCAAGGAUUGCCGCUGACGCCAAUAGCAAGCGGGUCAAGGAACUCUUACUGAAGCUCUAUUCUGUCAAAGAGCCUCUGAAUCAGGCUAAUUCUAAUACAAGUUCGGCCAUUGAAACGGGCGCAUCUGAGCUUGGAAAGGCAAAAGACAUUGAGGUGAGUUUGGCUGAAAGAGAACCGUCUGUAGAGAAACUAGAACCAGAGCUAAGUAAUGAGGGAAAACCCGAGUCUUGGGUAAUGGAAUUGUUAUCCACUAGCGAGACAAGAAUAGGAAAUCUAGAGCUAGAAUUAGAGAAAGCAAAGGAAUCUGAAGCCAAAACAUUCGAGUCACUGAUCUCCCAAACAAAACAGUUAGAGGAAACCAAGAUCUCACUUGAAGAAGCCAAGCUUGAGAUUGCUUCUCUUCAUGAGAAUAUCAAAAGCUUGGAGGUUUCCAUCAGCCAAAGCAGUAGGGAUCUCAGCGUAUCUCAUCGUUGCCUUGAGAUAGCGAAGCUCGAUACACAUUCUGUAAAAGAAACUGCCGAGGCCCUCAAAUCUGAGCUUCAAAUUGCAAAAGACAAUUUGGAUCAUGCUCAAGAGAAGGAAGAACUUGCCUUGCAGAAUGCCCAGUGUUUAAAGGAGGAAAUGAACAUUCUUAGAAAUGAACUGAAAUUAGCAGUGGAAGCGGAAGAGAAGAGCAAGAAGGCCAUGGAUGGUUUAGCACUAGCAUUGAAAGAAGUCACCACAGAAGCCAAUCAGGCAAAGGAGAACCUCAUAUCAACACAAUCCCAACUAGAAAAAGCUGGGAUGGAUGUGGACCGUUUGAAGCUGAGGUUAAUGAGAGCAGAGGAGAAAUAUCAAGCUCUUUUGGAUGAAGUGAAGAGCGAGGCCGAUCAAGUGGCUAGGAUCUCAAGGCAAGAAAAUAGCAAGCUGCGGGACAUAAUGAAACAAGCUGUCAAUGAGGCCUCCGUCGCGAAAGAGGCAGCAGAGAUUGCUCGGAUGGAGAAUUCCCAACUGAAGGAUAGCCUAUCAGAAAUGGGAAGCACGUUAGAGAGAAUAAACCAAGAAAACCAACGUCUCAAGAUCAAUGAAACAGGAGCAACUGAGAAUGUAAAGGAGCCGGCGAGUCUUCCUAUUGUGGAAACACCUCCAAAUGAAUCCGAAGCAGUUAAGAAACCCAGCACAACAGCUAAAGAAUUCAAGGAGAGUAAGAAGGCUGCGAAAUUUCUAUCAGGGCCAUUGAAGAAACCACACAUACCCAAUGUUGAAAUUGAAAAUCCAAGAAUUGGGAAUGGAUUGAAAGAUGAAGGCGAUGACUCUGAUGAGUCUAAGGGGUCGAUAUUCGAUAUGGUGCCAGAGAAGGAUGACAUGCAUCCUUCUGUUCAUAUCAUGACCCAUCGAAGAGCUGCAUCUGCAGUGCUCUUUGAUGAUAUAGAAGCUACGAAUUUUGAUGAUUUUGAUCCCAUAGAUGGAAGUCAAUUUGACGAAAUAGAGACCGACAAAAGCUUAGAUUCCAAGCAUAAGAAGAAGAAGGCGUUGCUUAGUAGAUUCGGAGGCAUUCUGAGGAAGAAAAGCAGCAAGUAGGAAUCGUGGUGGUCGCAUACGCAAGAAAAGGUCUUCUUCUUCUUCGUGUUUUACCUACAUUAAUGAUGUUAAUGAAAAUGGCCAUGUCUCUAUGGUCAUGGAUCUCGUGCCUGUUGCCAUAACAUGUUAUUCAAUAGGAAAAAAGAAGAGGAAAAGAAAAGUCCUAUGCUUGCAAGAAAACUUGAAAAGAUUUGUAGAAUACAAUAUCUGAACUUUCAACCAGUCAAGAAAAAAAAAAAAAAAAAAACCUGUACUUUUUACCCAAAAAACAAAAAGAAAAAGAAAGAAAUUGCAGUA